UUCUUACCAUACCUUGUAAGGAGAAUGUAGAGAACACACAACAUGACAGAAAAUAGGUUCAUAUUGGGUGUGUAUUACUCCGGUGCAAGGUAUUGUGGAGUGAUGAAGGGAACUACGUUUGUGCGUCGUCUGGCUCAGGGCCUAGUUUCAGUGUUGACCUCUCAGAGUGUUCCUGAAGAUAACGAGUAUUGUACAAUUCAAGACCUGAAGCAGAGGCGAGCACGGGUGGCAUACAGCUACCAGCCCCAGAAUGACGACGAGCUUCAUCUCGAAGUUUCCGACGUCAUCGAAGUGCUGGAGGAGGUGGAAGAGGGCUGGUGGAAGGGGGUGCUCAAGGGGCGCAUAGGGGUGUUCCCCUCAAACUUUGUGGUGCUAGAGAAUGCCCCGCCUCCUUCCUCCUCCCCCCGAGUAGGCCACUGGACCGGAGGUGUCCAAGAGGACGGCCUCAAUCGCAAGACGUCUCAGGACUUUGCAGCGCCCGAGAAGGUGGAGUCUUCGACGGAUGUUAACGAGACGAAAGCCCGGCCGGGACUGAAGGGCAUAGGUUUCGGCAACAUACUGCCGGAGAGCCGAAUCAAGGGCAAGGGUCCGACGGGCAUAGACUCUCCAAAUGACAAGCGUCAGAUUGCGCUCCCGUCGAAGAAGCCUCCACCACCCGUGCCUCCGGAUGCGACCUUGGAAGCUCCAAAAUUACCUCCUAAGCCUGUCCGCGAGCAAGCCAAAGUCCUGUACACUUACGAAGCUCAGAACGACGACGAGCUAACGAUCAAGGAAGGCGACGUGAUCACCAUCAUCACCAAGGAGGUCGAGGACAAGGGAUGGUGGAAAGGGGAGCUCGGUGGACGCAUCGGCGUCUUUCCGGACAACUUCGUCAAGCUUAUCAAGGAUGAGGUACCGGCGAAACCGGAUCGGCCAGACCGGCCAAUGGCGGGCAAGGUGGUACCCAAACCGGACCUGCCCGACAAGCCGGCAUUUCCGGAGUACGGGAGUAACGCGGAUCGGCCCAUCUCCAAAGUGCCUCCCUUUAAAUCGGCCGACGUGGCCAAGAAAGCAGCAAGUUCCUCGACUCAGACCGUGGAGGAAAAGAAAGAAUCAAAGAGGCUGGCACCAAAAAAGACCACUCCUCCUCCACCGCCCGUUGGACCAACUCCCAAAAAGCAGCGCCCUCGUGUACCUUCCGCCGUGGACGAUGUUCCGCCAUCGCCUCCACCAGCUCCCCCUCCGCAGGUCACGGAGGCGAUAGACGUUGUGCCAUCUGCUCCACCACUCGAAGAAGGUGCUAAAGCACCGCUUUCAAACGGGGUAACGAAAGCACCUCGGGCGGAGCCUGCGGAGACGUCAAUUGCUGAAACAUUUGACAGUAUCGAGCCCUCGGAGAACAGGCUAAGCCACCCUACUGCCAACAGAGUGAAGCCACCCAUGAAUAGGAGGCCUCCUUCUCACAUAGCUGUUGUCAAAGAGAAUGGCAAUGAGCCAAGCGAGAAUCAGCCUGCGUGGAUGAAGGAACUUGGCCGAAGGAACCAAGCUAAAUUCACCGGUCAGCCAGAACCGAAGGGGGGCAGCAGUCCUGAAGCGGAAUCGAGAGCACCAUUACAGAAGUCUCCUCCCCUCUAUCGACCAGCCAUCGCUCAAGCCAAAGAGGAGGGCGCUGCCAACUCGACCCCUUCGCGGAGUCCACUCACGAAGGAUGCCCCGGUGACUUCGAGCUCUCCGCAACGAGGAGGAGCCAAGCCACAACUGGACAGCGAAAUUAUCCAGGAGUUGUGCAACGAGAUCAAAACAUUAAAAGAAACGACCGUCUCCAAGGAUGACUACAAGGAUCUCCUACAACAGAUGGCAACACUGAAAGAAACUGUGGAAGCUAAUCGCAUGCAAUACAGCAAACUAGUCCGAGACCUUAUCGCCGAAGUGGACGAGGAGAAAAAACUACGCAUGACACUCCAAGUGGAGAUCGAUCGCCUCAAGAAGCUAACUCUCACCGUUUAAGUUGAAAAGGGGCAUUAUGGGUAACAUGUCAACGUCUCCUGUAACGCUGCAGCUGUGGAUGCGAGCGAUUGCAGAAUAAUACCAAUGCAUGCAGCGAGUCUGUAAGCUUUUGUUUUCUUCGGGGCUGUCAGUAAAUGACCUAGUUCAUAGUUUAACAAAAAAAAGCUAAGAACAUUGGACGGGACGCACGCCACUGAGCAUGGUGCACCAUCUACAUGUGCCUGCUUUUAGCACUUCUGAGGAUCAUGUCAGCCUGCUCAUUGUGUCUAAAAACAGAACUCGAUUGCAUGACAUGCUCAAAGUAAACCCGCAUUUCAAAUGCUAUUGCUCCGUAUCCCGAUUUGCCGAGAAUGUGGGGCGUACGCCUCCCAUUUUGAACGAUUGGAGGCCUGCUGGUCGGCCACGGGCAUGUUAUGCAGUGAAGUUCUGUGUUGUGUUGAGCGUUUUACCUCAGAACUCAAUUCCGGGUGACAUGCGUAAAAUUGAUCGGCUUAGAGGUGAGUUCAAGCUUUCGCUGCAGUGGGAGAUGCUUAAAAGUGGUUUUGUGAAUUUUUCGACAGGUUGGCCCAACCAGUCUGAAAGUACUCUGACCCGAACGUUUGAUAAAAAUAGGUAGACACUUUAGACAGCGAAGACUAAUUAGUCAAGUGAAGCGCAAAACAAAUUUGAAGGAAAUCAGGUUCAGAAAUUAGAAAAUACAUGUAGCUUAGCAGUCUAAUCUUUCAGCAUGGUUUUAAGCCUCACUUUCUGUUGCCGGCAUUCGUGCAUUUAUCUGAAAAUGACAAAAAAUUAAUCAUUUUUUUACUUCGUGAGCGAAUGGCAUACUACGACGAGAUAUAGAUGUCGUUGCAAUUGCAGGUUGAUUGGAUUCUGUUUGAAAAGUCGUGUCUUAUUUUGUGACACGGCUAAAGAAAAAUGUUGUCGUUGAGGAGUUGUGACGCUCUCUCGGCUUCACCUGCUGACUGACUGUUUUUGCGGAGCACAGAUAAAACUAAGCUUUUUAUGCAGUUAGAAACUGAUAAAGAUAUGCAGUUGAUUUCUGGGUGCUAGGUGUCAUUUCAUGCUCUCGCGUAUGAUAGGUUCCAAACCUUAUCGCAUAUCUUUGACAACAUGCUUUGAGGCAGUCGAUCUUUUUGUCAGCAUCGUGCGUACAUGAUACAUCUUAUUGUGAAGAGUUCUAUAUUUUUAUAAAAUUUUACUAUGUGACAUUACGUAAGUCUCUGUUAUCCUUUUGCUUUCAGUGCAGCCAAUUCCAUUUACUAUACACUUACCCAGUCAUAACAUGUCGCUUCGAGGCACGUUCAUAUUGUGAGGUUUUUGUUUUAACGUUGAAGAGAUUCUGGACAUUAUUGCGUCGAUCACGGCUGCCAACGUGCAAGGUGUAAAAAAUAGGUUGAAAAUAUUAUGAUAUUAGUUGACUGGGUUUUUUCCGCAUUCCACGAAUUGCAGUCACUAAUUGCAGGUACCCAUUUUAGCGCUGCUUUUUGUUGUAUUGCCAAUGUACCUGCUUUAUGAGCGUAAAUUUAUUUUCAUCAAUGACAUUUACUUUGGUGCAUAUGCUGCAAGCACCACACUGUGCUCAAAACAGUCACAUUGUUUUGUCCACUUUUGUACAGCUGUGAUUUUGUCCCAUGUGGAGGGUUUCAUAUGUGAAGAAUGCAUUCUUGAACAGAAUGCAUUCCAAAAAAAGAAAAAAAUCGUAGUAAAAUUUUUGGCCAUGAUAGGAUGCAGCAGAAUUUUUGUGGAAUUUUACUGCAGGUGACUACCAGUCAUUUUAGCUUAAGUGCUCACAUUCCAUACAGUAUGCUCACAGUUUUUUGUCCAAUCUUUUCCUUCUUUUUUUUUGUACAAUUGAGGGGGCUUAAAAAAUAGAGCUUGUGCCCAAUAGUCAUGACAUUGCACGUGUACACUGCGUGUGCGCUUCACUUGGGCUUUGAUAAAAUGAUAAAAUGUCAAGUUUACAUAAUUUUUAGGGAAUUGAAGGAGCAUGUUUCUUUGUUCUGUGGUUCACAUUGUUCCCUGCACAGGGACAGUCAGAUGGCACUAUAAAUAUUUUACCGAUUGUGUGGUUGUACUGAAGAAUGGGAAAUACUAGGUAGUUUGAUGUCAAUUAAAAUGUGGAAUACUGCGCUAGUGGACUCUUCGAGACCUUUUCUCUUUUUUUUGAGAAAGAUGAAAUUUGUCAUAUCAUUAAUCACGUUGCAGUGCACCACUUCACUCGGUGUUUUUUAAGGCAUUUUGAUUCCAUUUUUAGCUACACAGGAUGACACCUCGUGCAGUGAACACCAUAUGACGUUGUGGCAAAAUGCUUUCUGAAAACAUUUUUGAAAAGAUGCGCUGGACAGAAAGUUUAUUAUUUUUAUUUGUUUGCUUCCUCUUGUAAUCAUUUUGUCCAAUAAGCAAGUGUACCCUUCCCUUUGAUUGUUUCAUCCAAUUAACAUCUUCAAAGGGAUGGCACAGGUGGGAGUGACAUUAGGUUUUAACAUGGAAUUGUGUGCAUUUUUUUGCUAGUCAUUGUUUCGGAAUGAGUGGACUUUUUCUUUUUGCAAAAAUUGUUUUGCGAAAGAUGUACCCCCUAAAGAAAAAACCAUCACUGUGCCAUAAAAAGAAAUUUUGUGGAAAUAGGCUCAGCUCCUCAGAGGACCACAUAGUUGAAUAUCAGCAUUUUUUGGUGCUUUUGAUACGUAAUUUUUUCAAUACCCACGACAAUACUGCAUUUACGUAUAGCUUAGGACUACGUGUACGGGUUUUUGAUAACCUCAAGUAUUGUUAGCCCCCGCAUUAGAGGUGUACAUGAGACUAUGCAUGUAUGAAUAUGUACUUAUGUGUAUUAGAGUGAAGAGUAUAUUGUGCGGAGUACCCCCCCAUAGUACCCUGGCGGGUCAGUCUAUGGAAGUCCUGCCAUACUUGCAAAGUUCUGUAUGCCAUGGGAGAGAAGAUAUCUCUCUAUAGUGUUUUUUUUUCUUUCUUUUUUUGUGUGUGUGUGUCCUCUCAUUUUUGUUCCUGUAAAAAGUGUAUUAAAAGUUGUUUCAAAGUA